AUAAAAAUGGCGCUGGCGCGUAUCAGCUUGGAACCGCCACCUCAUAUAGAUCCGACGAAAGCAACUCUCGCGUAUGGCAGGCUUGCCAUCAAGCGAUUAAACCAUGAACUUCAUGAUGCCAUACUGCUAACCAGACAACGUGCCGUUAAGACUUUGUGCGACUACCUUCAUGAUCAUGAACAUAUUGCCGAGGCUAUAAAUGAAGGUGUUGUCACUUCUCUGAACAUACUACUUGAAGAUCCAGAUGUCCCGUGCCGAGCUUACGCCACUGAGUGCUUUGUGGUGCUUUGUCGUAAGUUGCUGUUGUUCGUCAAUCUUGAGCCCCAUUUCUCAGAACAUGAACUUGGUAGGGUGGCCUUCUUGGACCAAAACAUACUCCAGUCAUUUUUAAAUCUGAUCAAGCUAAGUGAGGUCGAUAUAGUGCGGCUAAAUGCACAAAAAGCCAUUGAACUACUAACUACGUCACCGGAUGGUGCUUUAGCUGUGGUGGAGAAUGGAUACGUACCCUUACUGAUCAACUGCGCCAGAGAUGAAGUAGACGAAAUCAAGAUUGUAGUCUUGGAUACACUAAAUCACUGUCUUAGUUUUGGUACCACAAAAGGAUUAGAGUCAGGUGGCAUGCCUCUUUUUACCCAACUGUUAUCCCAUGAGAGUCCAGAGGUCAGGGCUCGCGCAGCGCAAAAUAUCCUCCGCCUGAGUGUGAACCCCAUUGGUAAACAAGAAGCACUGGAUAAUGAAACGAUCCCAGCCCUGGUUGAACUGUUGAAAGACAAUUCUGAAACCGUAAGAGCUUCGGCGGCAGGAGCACUGGCUUUCAUAUGCACAACUAAUCAUGGACGCUAUACGACAUUGAAUGCCGGAGCGAUCCCACACUUACUCCAACUGGUGGACGAUGAAAUCAGCCGAGUUCGCGUAAAUGCACUGAAGGUAAUCACGUGCUUGUCAGAAACUCCCGAGGGGCGUCGAAUACUAUUGGAUAACCUGAAUACGAUAACCUCGCAUGAAAAAGAUGUGAACGCCGCGGUUGCUAAGCAUGCAAAGAUUGCCGCAUCAGUCAUCACCUGGAAACCUUGAAGAUUGGCAUUUAUUUCUCGGAAGAACAACGGCGAUGGCAAUUCUUUGUCUACGAAUACUGAAAGCGUGCAAAAAACGGAUGCACUUCAUCAGAGAUAUUUAUAUAUGAAACAGUACCUAUCUGCUAGAAUGAUGUAUAAACAGCGUACAUAGAAAAGUAAAAUUUAGGUUCUAUGCUAAAU